CAUCACUGCUGUUUCUCAAUCUCUGUUGCAGCUGAUGUGCACAAUAGAUGAUCUGAAGGAAAUGGCUAUUCCUCUGGGGCCACGUAAAAAACUUGCCAAUUUUGUCAAAGAGAAGUCUGCAAAACAGGCGGCCCGAAAGGCUGUGAAAGAGAAGACUGUAGAGAAAGAGGAACCGAAAGAGACCCAACCUCCCGUUCAGACGGAGCCCACACCAGAUCCUGCCAUCAGCAAACUGCCAGUGGGAAGAACCAUGUCCUCAAUCCAUGUGGAUUACAACUAUUUUGAAAUAGGCACAGGACAGGUUUCGGUGGUAUAUCAUGCUCUUGUCUUUGAACCGGUGAAUUUCUUUGCUCUCGGUUCUCCCAUCGGGAUGUUUCUGACAGUACGUGGGGUGGAGAAAAUCGAAGAGUCCUACCAGCUUCCCACCUGCAAAGGGUUCUUCAAUAUCUACCAUCCACUGGAUCCAGUUGCAUACAGAAUUGAACCCAUGAUCUUACCAGACAUUGAGCUGGAGCCGGUUUUGAUCCCUCAUCAUAAAGGGAGAAAGAGGCUUCAUCUCGAAUUAAAAGAGAGUUUAUCCAGGAUGGUGAUUGCAAAGGCCAAUGUCUUGAAAUAUCAGAGCCUGCAACUUAAACCCCUGACUGUUAGCGCUAUGGCACUGACCAGUGUCCUCACACAUGGUGCAAAGUAA